AUGGAGAAUGACAACAUCACGUGUGGAGCCUUGAUCUUAGAGAAUGCGACAUUAUUACGUCGUCUCCAAGACAUUCGAAGCCUUAAGAAGGUUUACUUUCGAAGUGCCACUCUAGCUAACCGGGAAGCUGCUCAGGCUCCACAUAUGUGUCUUUUCAAAGUGAGCGGAUUUGUCAACCUGACUAGUCUAGAGCUUUACGCUCUCCAUGGUGAUAAUUACAGUAUCAUCAGGGAUCUGAUAGAGAUUUUACGCACAUCGCCUGCCCUACAGAUACUAGGGAUAGGUCUAACUGGAGAAUGGAUUCCCGACACUCAAGCUUUUCUGCAUAGAGAGGGAACCAGAGAUUGUCUCUCAGAGCUAUGCCGACUUUACAGAGAAGAGCCAGAGACUUCGCCAUUGAAUCUGAGAGAGCUCAAACUCGGAUGUGGCAUGGUUCCCUGGUUUAGCAUGUCGCAGGAUAAUACUCGGUGUCUGAGUGGUCUACUUAACACUCAAUCACUUCAAGAACUACAAUUAUUUAACGCAGAAGAUGAAGACGCUUUCUACGAGACAGUAAAUCUGGAUUAUCUGAGCAUGGAUAAUUGUCUGAACCUCCGAAAUUAA